ACAACUUUAAUUUCGUGCACCCAAUCCCCUUGUAUCAUUUAUUUAUGAGUAUUCAAUGACCCCUAGCCACUAUAAAAUAAAUGCACCCUAUUUCUAAAUUUGUUCUGUUUUGGUUUCUCCUGACUACUUCUAUUUCCGUUACUAUUCAUCAAAAGUUAUUUCUUGUCUUUCUCUUGGAUAUUUCGGGAGUUUGAUCUAUAAUGGAGUUAACAAGUGUUCUCAAGUUUCUUGAGAACAGAACCAUUCUUGUUGUUGGUGCCACUGGUUUUCUUGCAAAGAUUUUUGUGGAGAAGAUACUUAGAGUACAACCAAAUGCGAAGAAGCUAUAUCUGCUUUUAAGAGCUCAAGAUAACAAUGCAGCCUUGCAGCGUUUCAACAAUGAGGCUGUGGCAAAGGACUUGUUCAAGCUUCUAAGGGAAAAACAUGGGGCAAAUCUGAAUAAUUUUAUCUCACAAAGGACCACAAUUUUACCUGGUGAUAUCACAUGUGAUGAGAACUUGGGGGUGAAAGACUCUAAUUUGCUGGAAGAAAUGUGGAAGGAAAUAGAAGUUGUUGUUAACCUAGCUGCAACUACUAAUUUUGAUGAAAGAUAUGAUACAGCCUUGUGGCUCAAUACUCUUGGAGCCAUACACGUACUCAACUUUGCCAAAAAGUGUAGUAAAUUAAAGGUUCUUCUUCACGUGUCAACUGCAUAUGUAUCUGGGGAAAAGCCAGGGUUGAUAUUGGAAACACCCUAUAACUUGGGUGAGACCCUGAAUGGUACAUCAGGACUAAAUAUUGAUACAGAGAAGAAAGUAAUGGAGGAAACAUUGAAACAGCUUAUAUUUGAGGAUUCUUCCGAAGAAUCUAUUACAGCAGCCAUGAAGGAGCUUGGCCUUGAAAGAGCAAGGAAGUAUGGGUGGCCCAACCCCUAUGUAUUCACAAAGGCAUUGGCAGAGAUGCUAUUGGGAGACUUGAAAGAAGAUGUGCCUCUUGUCAUCCUUCGUCCUACUAUCGUUACUAGUACUUUCCAAGACCCUUUCCCUGGUUGGGUCGAAGGUAUAAGAACCAUUGACAGUUUAGCAGUUGGAUAUGGUAAAGGAAAACUAACAAGCUUCGUAGGCGACCCUCAAGCAACUAUUGACGUGAUUCCAGCAGAUAUGGUGGUGAACGCUAUGAUAGUAAGCAUGGUGGCCCAUGCGGACCAAAGGGGAAGUCAAAUAAUAUACCAUGUUGGAACGUCAGUGUCAAAUCCUAUAGAAUUCACAAUUAUGCAGGACUGUGCAUUCCAUUACUUCAAAGAGCAUCCAUGGAUCGACAAACAAGGAAAACCAGUCAUUGUUAGCAAAGUUAAUGUGUUGAGUAGCAUGGAUAGCUUUCACAGAUACAUGGCCCUCCAUUACUUGCUUCCUUUGAAGGGAUUAGAAAUAGUUAACACGGUACUCUGCCAAUUCUUUCAAGCCAAAUAUCUGGAACUUCACCGGAAAAUCAAGUUUGUGAUGCGGUUGAUAGAUCUUUACGGGCCCUAUUUAUUCUUCAAAGGAAUAUAUGAUGACAUGAACACAGAAAAAUUACGCAGAGCAGCGAAGGAGGCUGGUAUUGAAAUGGAUGUGUUCAAUUUUAAUCCCAAGAGCAUCAACUGGGAAGACUAUUUUUCGAAUACUCACAUUCCUGGCGUGGUAAAAUAUGUCUUUAAGUGAAUAAAGUGGAAAAGAGGUUUGUAUUUCCUACUAAAAUAAUUUAUAUUUCUACGUGGAUGGUUUAAUUGUCAAAGCACUUUAAAAUGUACCAAAUAUCUUUGUUGCUUAUCAUUUUCAAUGUAUCCAUUUUAAAUGUCGUAUCCUCUAGGGACACAUUAACGAAUUGUUCCAAUA